AAUAGUGGUAGGUAAUUGGCCUCCAGCUUAUAUAGCUACAGUUGUAAAUAUGAUGUCUGUUUAUAUAUACUGUAUUAUUGGGACAAUAUGCGAAAAUGCAGCUGAUGAAGUAAUUGAUUUGAUUUAUGAAAUUGAUUGGUAUUUGCUUAAAGUGAGUAAUCAAAAAAUUAUAUUAAUAAUGUUAAUAAAAUCUCAGCAAAAAGAGCUUUUUACGGUAGCUUAUGUUGCACCAUUAUCAGUCAAUACUGCGCUCCAAGUAACAAAAACAGUUUAUAGUUAUUGGAUGAUGUUAAUGAAUUUCGUUGAAUAAUUUUCUAUUAAAGAAAUUUUUCCUUCGAAAUUCUUUCUACCGAUUUGGGGCCGUUUUUAUAAAUGAAAGCAUCGUGAAAUCUAUGGCUCUGUAGUUUUGAUUGUGAUUGCUAUAGAAAAUGUUUAAAAUUGUUUUGUAGAAACUUUGUUUGUGCACAUUAAAUUUUAGUAAAUUACUAUAGUAGAAUUAAAAAUUUGGAAUAAUAGACCUUCAAAUAUGGUUUAUCUUAAACUUAUUUAUAUUUUAUUAAAAUUUUUAACAAAUUUACGAAAUUUUUGAUUAAUAAACAGAAACAAUUUUUUUUCAUUCGAUUUAUUGAAAUAAAAUUUUUAAUAAGUUUUUAUCGCCAAUUCUAAUUUUAAUAAAAGAAUUUUAGCCACUUAAUUUACUCUUAAAAUUAAUUGUUAAUUUUUUGUUUUCUGAAUUUUU